UUCUUGCUCAUAAUCGCAAACCAAAGAUCACUAAGACAAAAAAAAAGAAGAAAAAGAUCACUAAGACAUAAAACCCAAGCAUGGGACUUCGUGAAGGACAUAUUUUAUACGGUUGUGCGCUCGUAGCAUUUGGCUUAUGGCACUUAUUUAACAACAUAAAACUCUUUUGUCUACGACCAAACACAUUCAAUUCAUCUCCAUGGUUUCCAACAUCAAAGACCAGGUACUUAGAGCUCUACUUAAUCAUGUCAUAUUCAUCAGUUUUCAUGUCAGUGGAGCUCUUCUUCGGACUAAUAAAACACCAGCCCCGCAACUUCGAACAUUCUUCCAUCGGCAUGUCCUUAUUGGCUUAUGCUGUUUUAGCACUCGUGCUUGACCGAGCAAAGCCUAGAGCGGCGGCUUCGGAGGGGCUAACCCUCCUAGCUUUAGCCGCUGCCUUCACACAGGAGCUACUUCUCUUCCAUUUUCACUCAGCCGACCACAUGGGCGUUGAGGGACAAUAUCAUCUCGCCUUCCAGCUCAUUAUAUUUGUUUCUCUCCUCACCACUCUCAUGGGUAUUGCCUUGCCCAAGAGUUUUUUGGUCAGCCUUGUGAGAUCUUCAAGCAUAGCUUUUCAAGGAGCGUGGUUGAUACUGAUAGGUUUUAUGCUUUACACACCGAGUUUGAUUCCUAAGGGAUGUUAUUUUCAAGAUAUAGAAAUUUUUUUUUUUUUUUGUUUAACCUGGGGCGUUGCAAAAUCGUUGGCCAACCUCGAAUUCAGUUGGUUAUUCGUUAUAAACACAAUAUUUGUUGUGACACUAUAUUUGAUUCUCGAUCGGGUUUACGGUGGAAACGUACAGUGCUCUAGUCUAACCACCAGUUAUCAAAGUGAACAAUAUGAUGAAGAACGACAACACUUUGAACCGCACUCGACUCAGAAAAUGUGUUCUGUCCAAAUGGGUAAACUUGUUGACCAUGGAGAUAAAAUGUGAGAAAUUUUCUUAAUGAUGAUUAAUAUCGCCUAUGUCAUGUGAUACAAAAAUGUUUAUUUUACUGAAAAUUAUAAAGUAAAUGACAAAUAAGUCGUUUGUAAUGUUUGUUGUAAUAAAAGCAAGU